AUGAGGGGUGCCCUCGAGGACAGGCGGGAUCCCUGCAGCAGGUCGGGUCUCUGCAGAUUCUUCCUGGUCAUCUGCCUGGUGGCUGUGCUUCUGCAGGAGGACCUUGCAAACCCAGCACCCCAGGUCCCAAUCAGGACCAGAGGCAAACGUGGGAUCCCUGAGCAAGACCUAGAGAACAUCCUGGGACUGGCUGUGUCCACCUGUUCCUACCUGCAUGUGGACCUGACUCAGCUUGUGGGCAGGGCCUGGAGCAUCCAAGCUGUGGAACCUCUGAGCAAGGAUGGUCAGUCGGUGGGGCUGCCCCCAAUGCUGAAGCUGAAACUUGGAGCCUCCGAGGAGAAGCACCCAGGCACUAAGUCGUGGAUGGAGACCGAGGAUAUCCUGGGCCGUUUUCGGAGCCCACAGCGGGGUCCUGAGCUGGACCUCGACAGUCUGUACCACCCUGCAGUGGAGGAGGUCCAGGGCGAGGAAAGGCCCUUGUGGCCAGUGCUGCUGCCUCGCCAGGUGCUCCAGGGGCCAGAGGAAGACCUAGACCACAUCCACCACCCUGUAGAGGACUCCAGGGAACCCUGACUGUCCUCCACCUCUGCUUGAGGUCCAGCUGCCACCUCUGCUGACCCUUUCCAGCUAGAAAAAUA